GCAGAUCUAGCUAUGGAAAAUCUUCUCAUCGACGAGUUCCUUGCAAGCAGAAGCCCCAGUAUUCGUGACUUUAAUCAGGUUGCAUCAACGCAGAUGCCCCACGGCGAAUCUGCGGCUACAGAUAAGCCGGUGUUUUUCCCGUUUCCUUUCCCGCCAUAUGACAUACAGGAGGAUUUUAUGAAAACUUUGUAUGACGUGCUUGAGAAUGGAGGAGUUGGAAUUUUCGAAAGUCCCACAGGAACGGGGAAAUCUUUGAGCUUGAUUUGUGGAGCUCUUACUUGGCUAAAAAGUUAUGAAGAGAAGAAACAGGAAGAACUAGACAAGGCUUUAUCAUGUUCAAAACAAGUUACAACUCUCAGGGACAAUGUCAUUAAUGAAGACAAAGGAAAAAGAUUUAAUAGUGCAGAUGAUUCUACAAUGCCAGAUUGGGUGAUGGAAUUUGCGGAGAAGCAGGCUACUCAAGAAAAAGAAGACAGAGUAAAGGAGGAAAGAGAGAGGUUGGAAAAACAAAGAGCACAGCUUCAGAAACUCAAGAGUGAACUUAAACCAGCAUGUGCAUUCAAAACUGGAAAGAGAAAGCAUAGUGAUGGUGAGGUCAAUAAUUUUGGACACGAUGGCUCUGAAAUAGAGAACAAAAUUACCAGUGAAAUUGAUGAAGUCCUUGGGAAAACCAUAGAAGAGGAUCCUGAUACAGAUAUUGUACUAAUGGAAUAUCAAAGUGACGGAGAAGAGCCUGGAUCAGAUCAGGAAGAUGAGGAUAAUGAGGAGGAGCCCCACUGUUUAAAGAUAUUUUAUUGCAGUAGAACACACUCCCAAUUGACACAAUUUGUUAGGGAAGUGCAAAAGAGUCCAUUCAGUGACAGUACACGGGUUGUAUCUCUUGGAUCCCGACAGAAUCUCUGCAUUAAUGAGGAUGUUAAAAGCCUUAAAAAUAUAAACAGAAUUAAUGAUAGGUGUUUGGAACUUCAAAAGAAAAACAAAGAGAAGAAAAAAGCUGAUGGAGAGAAAGCUUCAAAGAAGAAAAAAGUUACAAAUGGAUGUCCAUUCUACAUGUACCAACAGCUGCAGAAAUUUAGGGACCAUCUCCUGGUGGACAUAAAAGAUAUUGAGCAGCUUGUUUCUGUCGGCGAAGAACUUCAUGCAUGUCCUUAUUAUGGGACAAGAUUAGCUAUUCCUGCUGCGCAGCUCGUAGUUCUGCCAUAUAACAUCCUUCUUCACAAGUCUACACGGGAAGCCUGUGGGAUAAAGCUUGAUGGAAAUGUGGUUAUUGUCGAUGAAGCGCAUAAUUUGAUUGACACAAUAAGUAGUGUACACAGUGUAGAAAUCACUGGUUCACAGAUUUUGUGCACUCACUCUCAGUUGACCCAGUACCAGGAUCGCUAUAGGUCAAGGUUAAAGGCAAAGAACUUGUUCUAUAUUCAGCAACUACUGUAUGUCUUGAUGUGUUUCCUAAACUGUUUAGGAGGGAAAGAGCAAAGGAAACCAGAAUCAUUCUCUAGUGCUAAUGAAUUGGGUACAAAAGACCACAGAAAGCAAGAUGUGAAGCUAUUAACAAUCAAUGAUUUCCUUUUUGCUGCCCAAAUGGAUAAUGUGAACCUUUUUAAGAUUAAAAGAUACUGUGAGAAGAGCAUGAUUUCUAAAAAGCUGAAUGGAUUUGUUGACAAGUAUCAUUCUGUACAAGUGGGAACAGGAUUUACUGCAGGAGAUGAAGAUGGAUUGUAUCAAAGCAGUAAUUCACCUCUUCAAAUCAUUGAGAGCUUUUUGGAAGCACUCACAAAUGCUGACAAAGAUGGAAGGAUUGUUGUUAACAAGCAGGAGCGACCCAGUAACUCCAGUCUGAAGUUUCUCCUUUUGAACCCUGCAGUCCACUUCACAACUAUCGUCAAAGAAGCCAGAGCAGUUGUUGUUGCAGGGGGAACAAUGCAACCGAUGUCAGAUUUUAAAGAUCAACUCUUUACUUGCGCUGGACUCUCCGGUGACAAUAUAGUGGAAUUUUCCUGUGGGCAUGUUAUUCCAGCAGAUCAUUUGCUCGCUGUAGCGUUGGAUAAAGGACCCUCUGGAAAAGACCUUGAUUUUACUUACCAGUCGAGAGACUCAGAAAAAUUGAAAGAAGAACUGGGACGACUUCUACUCAAUAUUUUUGCCGUUGUCCCCGGAGGAGUGGUGUGUUUUUUCUCUUCGUAUGAUUAUGGAGAGAAAGUCUGCAAAUACUGGCAGGAAUCUGGCAUUCUUGAGAAAAUGAACACCCGAAAGAAGGUCUUUAGAGAACCACGCAAGUCUAGUCAGCUUGAUCAGGUUCUUUCGUCGUACGCAGCUUGUAUCAAGAAGCCAGCCGUAGUCGCCAACAACACAUCUCCAAAUGGCGCGGUGUUGUUCUGUGUGGUCGGAGGAAAGAUGAGUGAAGGGAUCAACUUUUCUGACGAUCUUGGAAGGUGUGUGGUCAUGGUGGGACUGCCUUAUCCAAAUAUCUACUCACCUGAAUUAAAGGAGAAAAUGACAUAUCUUGAUGCAACUUUAGGGCCAAAAGCUGGUCAAAUGCAUUACGAAAGCCUUUGCAUGAAAGCAGUAAACCAGUCAAUAGGUCGCGCUAUUCGUCACAAACGAGACUAUGCGACAAUCCUGUUACUUGAUCAGCGGUAUGGUUCUACUAGAAUACAGAAAAGUCUUCCAGGCUGGAUUUCAAACCGACUUCAGCACCAGCCUCGCUUUGGUUCUGCAUUUGCUGCCAUUCGCAAGUUUUUCGUGGACAAGCGAGAAGCGGAUGAGACCAUAAAUCACGAAGCACAAUGAAUGCUUGGUUGGAACAGAUGACCUCGUGAAACCUGAAAUGACCUGAUUAGCCACAAAAAUCAAAGCGAAAAAAAAAACACAUGCUCUUUUCAUAGAUUGCUUCAAUGAAGUGCACGGUUUCAAGAUUAUUUAUUUAUGUAUUUGACGAAUAAAUCAAGAUAAAUAUUUUCAUAAGAACAGGGACAUUGAAAACCCCCAGUUGAGUUUGCUGUGUUCAAAGACAUUUCGGUCUAUAUUGUCAGAGCCGUCACAUUGAGUUUUAUAGGAAAAAUAUCCUAAAUAAAGAGUUGACA